AUGCAACCUUGGUUUGUUUAUUCGCACAGAUGACAGAAUACUUAUGCUCAGGCGCUUAUAUUGACAACCUAGUUGUUGAUGGAAGUUACGCGUAGUGUAAGUGUUCUGUCUGACUUUGAAAUUGGAAAACAACUUGGUCGUGGAAAGUUCGGGACUGUUUUCCUCGCAAGAACGAAAAAGUCGCAUUUCCCAUGUGCAAUAAAAGUUAUUUUCAAAAAACAGAUAGUGAAGAACAAACUAGAACACCAAAUAAGACGCGAAAUAGAAAUCAUGUGUCAUCUGCAGCAUCCUCACAUUCUUCAACUGUACACAUAUUUUCAUGAUCACAAGAGAAUAUAUCUGGUCCUUGAGUAUGCAUUUUUAGGUCAGAUGUAUACUGAGCUGCGAAGACUUGGACGCUUUAGUGAGGCGCGUUCAGCUACAUACAUAUAUCAGCUGUGUGACGCGCUUAUGUACUGCCACCGGAUGAAAGUAAUCCAUCGGGAUAUCAAACCUGAAAACUUACUUCUUGGUUUUCAUCAAGAGUUGAAACUGUCGGACUUUGGUUGGGCUGUUCAUGCUCCAUCACUCAGGAGAAGAACGCUUUGUGGAACAAUAGACUACUUAGCUCCAGAAAUGGUUGCCGGGGUUUCCCAUGAUGAACGUGUGGAUCAUUGGACUGUUGGCAUUUUAUGCUAUGAAAUGCUUUGUGGUAAACCUCCGUUUGAACAUCCUAAUACACAAGACACUUAUGCCUGUAUCAAAACUGUUAAAUAUACCUUCCCUCCUGUUAUAACUCCGAUGGCACAAGACAUGAUAUCUAAGAUCCUUCAACGUUAUCCGACGGAUCGGUUGUCCCUGGAAGGAAUCAUCUCUCACCCAUGGAUUCAAAACUUCGCAAAUAAAACUUCUUUCCAUUCUAUUGUUAAGCCCAGACCUAGAUCCUGAUGUGUUUUUUAAUCAAUUAUUCUAGUUUUUUAUUGUAUCUCAAAAUAUGACAAUUUAUUUUCCAACGUUCAUAGUUUGUUCUCCUAAAGUAUGUUUACUUCUGUAUCUGGUUAGUAAUGUUCAUUGGGCGCUACCUAUAAAUUCACUUACCAUUAGAUUAUGAAUCACAAAUUAUUUAGCAAAUGAUGGUACUGCUACAUGAAUUUAAUUCAACUGAUUAUCUUCACUGGAUUAUUUAAAUAUAUAUGAGUGAAAGUGAUUUGAAUAGUCAUCUUAAUUUCCUCACCAUAACUUUUGGAUUUUGAUAAAAGUUACAAUUGUUUGCAAAAUACGAUGAUACGAUAAUGCAGCAGCCACAUCGUUUUGGUUUGCAAGUUCAUCUACUGAUUUACUUUUACUGUAGGAAAAGUAACUCUUAAUCUCAAUAAUGCCUACUAUGUCUCAUCACAUUCAGGCACUAGCUUAAAUAUAUUUAUAAAAAAAUAAAUUUAUCUUCCACCUUCAAUAAUAUCAAUGUUUUGACCACAGCGGUUAACGAAAGUGACAUUUUUCGUUUUACUGUUUGUUUAUAGGCUUGUUAUGUCUAGUUGGCAUUAAACAUGAGAUCUACUCCCAAUUCUUACUUUAAGUUAAAAGGUUUGGAUUUUGUGCAAUAAUCUAUUGUUUGUAUCAUAAGUAUUUUCGAGGUAUUUUAAAUAAAAUGCCUACUUCCUGAGGUAGCAUUGUGAUGUGAAUAUUUUCCUAGUAUUGACGGUCAUCCUUUUGGAUACGGGGUUCUGAUUUCUUUGGUACAUUAGAUGUGGAUUUGAUAGAGGCUUUUGAUUUAUUUUCUUGCACACUUUGUCGAUGUAUUUGUUUUUUCUCACUCUCAACUUGAGUCAUUUCAUCUGAUGUA